AUACAAAAGAGGAAGCCUUUAUGGACACUGAUUCUCUUCGGGGGGGGAGGCACAUACACAAAAGGAACCACAGCAUGAUUGCCAAGGAAGCCAAGACAUAUAGAAUAUUGUGACCAAGACCCAAAGGACAAUUGGUCUGUUAAUUCCUUUCCACAGCAUCUAUUCCAGACCAAGAGAUACGAUGGAAAAAGAUUUGUGAACUAUUGCUUCAGUGUGAUGCUGUCUGCUUUUGCAAACUGUCCUGGAAGGAUUCAAUCAAUGAAAGUUAAGGGCCUAAAUACCGUUGUGGAUCUGAGCCUAAGUGACUUGCCUCAGUUUACACAGGAAGCCUGUGACCGAUCAGGCAAUUGAACCCAGGUCUCUGACUAGUGGUACCCCAGGGCUAAAAUGCCGAAUAACAUGAACUGGCAGCUGGUGAUUCCUGGCUUGAUCAUCUUGGCCAUUAAACUUGUAGGAACGUCCCUGUUCAUGGUAUAUUUUCCACAGAUCUUCCCAACUCUGGGUUUUCAGAGGAUACUCAAUUCCACAACUGAGGGGAACAGAACAGUUUCACAGAUUUUCUCCACUGAUGACUCACCAGAGAACUCUAGGUCUUCAACCAGCGGGGGAAGAACAGACUGCCCGAUCCGGUGGACUUUUCAAAGGGGGAAAUGCUACUUCUUUUCUGUUCAAGAAAAGACUUGGAAUGCCAGUCAAAGAGCAUGUUCUGAAGCAAACUCCAGUUUAGUGAUUAUCAACAGCAAAGAGGAACUGGAGUUCCUCCAUAAUAACACAAAAGCUGAAGAUCACUUCAUUGGAUUGUCAAUCAGAGGCGCUAAAGGUAGAUGGAAAUGGAUUGACAACACAGAGUUUAACACAGACAUAUUUAUUAUAGAUUUGAAUAGUGACACCUCUAAUUGUGUUGUAAUUGGAUUAACUGUCGUGGGUACUAUAUCUUGUUCUGUACCAAACCGCUGGAUCUGUGAAAAGAAAGCAUAACAGCUCCCAUGGAAGGAGGAAGACUCUGGGGCUGGCACACACAGGCUAACUGGAACUUGGGUGGCACGGUUUAGUGGUUAGAACAAGUCACUCGGAGUCAGGAGACAGGUUUUCUUCUAUACUGUAUUGGCUGAAAGGCCUUGGGAUAGUUACUUUGGCUUUUUGUGACUCAGUUUUCCCAUCUGUAGAAAAAGAAUAAAUGUAUCCACUUUUGUAAAGUAUAUCCUCAGAUGACAUGCACUAUGGUGGUGCCAUGUACUGAUGUUAAUGCCCAUAUAAUGCUGUAUUCACACAAACUACAGUAAACUUGCAUAGAAGCUAAUUCUCUUUCUUAUGCACACAUGCAGCCAGGGACAAACUUACCGCUGACAUAAGAAUCCUUGAAUUAAAAUAAGCAUGACAGAUAAAAUUUGAGGCUGAAGAAGAUAAAAGUGGUGUUGGAAAUGACAAUGGUUAAAAACACUGUUAUAAAGCAAGGUGUGGGGGUAGACUAAGACCUGUGCACCUGGAAGACCCUGUUCAAACCAAGAACAUUAGAAUCCUUGGAACUCUUGAGAACAACACAAUUUUUCUAGAAGCCCUUGUUAAAAGCAAUAUAACAGCUCAGCUAUAUUUAGCACUUUGAUAGAGCUUGAUGGGCCUGAUUCUCUGAUCACUUUCACAGGAAUAACUUCAUUAAUGUCUAUGGAGUUACACCAGUUCAAAAUCAACUUGGCACCAAGAGUGAAAUCUUGAUCCCACUGAGUCAAUAGCAAAACUCUCACUGACUUCAACAGGAUGAGGAUUUCGCCCCAAUCGCGUGAGAAAUGCAGAAACAUUAGCUAAUUAAAGAGAACA